AUGAAGAUUUACUUCCAGACGGUCGAUGUCGUGCAUUCAGAAGACUGGAGGUUGAACCCUUCACGACGCGGUACUCGCCGUCUACAAAGUGAAGCUCGUUCAAAGUCGAAAUCAAACUGUGACGGUUCUUCACCAACGUCAGCAAAUGGCCGUGAAGUGACAGACAGUCAAGCAUGGGACCGCGAGGUGCUCGUCCAGGUAUCUUCAUUACAACAGACAAACUUCCACGCGGUGAAGCUACUACCGCGGCACCGCGACCCAGCAGAGUGGCACAUCUCUGUAAGAUCCGGCGGCAAAGAUGGUGAGGACGAGGAGACCAUCAUCGUGGACGACUCGAUGCAGAACAAGUUCAACAUCAGGUGCAAUGCGCUGGUCUACGAUCACGAGCACGAGGACUUGAUCUCCAUGUUGAACAUGUCACCGACGACGGUCGCCUCAUCAGCCGGGCCAGUCCUCUCAACCCUCGUGCCCCCAGGUUCCCGACAAGGAACCUACAUCGUAACCCUCACCCCACAAGGCAAAGAACUCCAUACCAGAGUCUCCGACAUUGACGUACCACCACAACACCUCCCCCGCCGCGACGCAACAUUCUGGCCCUCCGACACCAAACCGCUCUGCUCCGACAGCCCCUGGAUCACCACCGCCGACUUUUCCUCCCACCCCAACGGCGCCCGUAACGCCUUCGCCGCGCAAUGCGCCGCCCUCAACGGCAAACGCCUCGGCUACCGCGAAAAAACCUACAGCCAUUGGGGCGACGCGGUGGCGUACAUGUGCUCGUACGCGGGCAGCGGGGACGUAGGCAACGGGAGGGACGGCGGGAACCCGUGUGUUGUGCAGGAGUGGGUUGAUGCCGUCGAGUGGGCUGCCAAGGAGUGUGGGGGCAGGAACGGGAAUGGUUUGAUGGAGUGUGCCUAUCUCUCGAUUCCUGGAUAUGAAAGAGGCGUACGGAUAUACGCGCGCCAAUACUUCCUUUUGUUGAGGGUCUCUUUGCGGGGGGUUGUGGUUUAG